UAUGUAUGAAACUUCCUCACAGUCUCCCACUUUUUUGGCUUCUCUCUCUCUCUCCCUGUGAAAGUAGCACUUAUCCAUACUCUAAUUUUAGCUAUAACCCUCUUGUUCUUUCACCAAAAAAAAGACUAAAAUCCUCUUUUGGACCAAACCAAUUGCAACCUCUUUCUCUUUCUCUUAGUGGGUUUUUUUUUUUUUUUUUUUUUUUUUUUAGUUUUUUUUAACGCGUUUCUAAAUAUAGCCAAAUUGUAUACGAGUAUCAAGCUUGUGGUUAACAAUAUAUAUGCUUUAAACAGCUCCUCUGUUUUCGUCUAAGAUGAACCCCUCCCUCUGUCCCUCCCUCUCUUCUGUGAGGUGACAAAGAUUGUGAGGUUGGUUUUUGCGUUUUCCAACCAUUUUUCAUGAAAUGGGUUUGUCUAGUUUUGGAUUCAUGUCAAUUGAAAAUGAUUGAUUAAGAAUCCAGACUCUGAAUUCAAUUUCAGAAGGAAAAAAAAUGGCAUCCUCUGAAGUUGAAUACGCUUCCUCUGCGCCUUUUGGUUGCGUUCUAAGGGACAAUGGCAGGCAUGAUCGGUACAGAGAAAACGGUAAUCGAGCUAACUUUCCGAAAAAACCUCAAGCACUUGGUGACGGGUCGCCUCCAUUCGUGCAUUGGAAUAUCUUCGGGCUCUGUAUCAGAUGAGAACCCGGGGGCUCAAAAUGAUAAUAUUGUUGAAUCUUGGAUUGGCAAUGGAGAGAGGAGCAGUAAUCAUAGUCCCAAUGAUGGGAAAAAGUCCUCAAUAAUGAGCCCGAAGCUGAUGCAAAGUAUUGAAAGAUGGACUGCCCGAACAGAACAAGAGAUUGUAUCAACAUUUGACAAACAGAGGCAGGAGGCAGAGCUCUCGGAAUUAUCAAAUUUUCCAAUCAUGUCAUCAGGGGAAUCAAGUUUUAGGAGGGAGGAAGGCUCCCAGGAUCCACCGGUUGGUUCUGUCGAAAUUCCAAACCUCGGGGCUUCUUCCCUUGUUCAGAUAUGGGAGAAGAGGCUUACCAAUUCCAACAGUAUGAAAUCAAGGUCUAAUUCUGAAAACAGCAGUGUUGAAAAUGGUUUCCCUGUUCAAGAAUCAUCAGCUGAAGCAGGGGAAUCUGUUGUUGAAGAAAAAUAUGAUGCUCAGCCUAAUGAUGACCCCUUUCCUGAUUGGGAGUCAGGUAGAACAUCUCCAAAUAAUCCGCCUUCUUCGUCACAAGGCUGUAGUUCAGAAGGAGAGAGUGAGAAGGUUAGAAUAGUGGAUAUCAUUAAGAGGUUAACAGCUGCAACACAAAUGCAGAGCCCCAGGUCCUCAUCUUGUGGCGAUGACAAUGAUCACGAGCAGUAUAGCAUGCUUGGAUCGCCAUUUAGAGAGCGGGAAUGUUCUUAUUGGGAUCCAUUUGAUUAUAAAGUUUUGCCUCAGGUUUUUUCACCCCGGAUCAGAGGGCGUCAAGCAUUCACGGAUUUGCUUAUGCAAUUGGAACGUGACAGGCAAAGGGAGAUAGACACAUUGGCUGAGCGACGAGCAGUUUCUAGAUUCACACAAAGAGGCCGCAUUCAGUCAUUGAUUCGACUUAGAUUACUUCAACGGGGCAUUGCAAUUCAAGAUCAACCACACCCGCAACCAACAGUAUCUGAAGUGAACAAAUUACCACAAGGAUCUAACAUCAUGCAUCUAAGAGAGAGAUUUAGCACAGGUGUAGAGCAGGUCACAACAGCCCAGAAUGAUGCCACUUAUCCAAGAAGCCCACGUCUGGAGAUGGUAAAGAAUGCAGCUCAUUUGGACAGUUCUUGCAGGGAAAGACCUAGCACAAGUGAUGAGCAGGUCACAACAGCCCAGAAUGAUUCAACUUAUCCAAGAAGUCCUCAUCGGGAGACAGUACGCAAUGAAGUUCAUUUGGACAGUUCUUGUAGGGAGAGACUUAGCACAGGUGUUGAGCAGGUCACAACAGCCCUGAAUGAUUUGGCUUAUCCAAGAAGCCCUCGUCAGAAGAUAGUAAACAAUGAAGUUUAUUUGAACAGUUCUUCCACCUUCAAUCAGCCAAGAAGUCCUCCUCGGGAGACAGUACGCAAUGAAGUUCAUUUGGACAGUUCUUGUAGGGAGAGACUUAGCACAGGUGUUGAGCAGGUCACAACAGCCCUGAAUGAUUUGGCUUAUCCAAGAAGCCCUCGUCAGAAGAUAGUAAACAAUGAAGUUUAUUUGAACAGUUCUUCCGCCUUCAAUCAGCCAAGAAGUCCUCCUCGGGAGACAGUACGCAAUGAAGUUCAUUUGGACAGUUCUUGUAGGGAGAGACUUAGCACAGGUGUUGAGCAGGUCACAACUGCCCAGAAUGAUUCGGCUUAUCCAAGAAGCCCUCGUCAGAAGAUAGUAAACAAUGAAGUUUGUUUGAACGGUUCUUCCACCUUCAAUCAGCCAAGUAACCACUUUCAUAAUCAGGAAGUUAAUAUAACUGAGCAGCAUAGUACACACCAAUUAGAGAACUCAAUGUCACACAUAAAGGAAGAUGUUCAUGAAGAAGCCAGAAGUUCAGAUGUGACAUUGCAAGGAACAAGCUCUGAGUUUAGAAAUCUUGACCCAGAAGAAUUUGCAGAUAGAACUGCAUCCUUUAGGUUUUGGGCUGAGAAUGAGAUAGCAGAAGAAGUGGAGGUCAUUGACCAUGAUUAUGCAGACACCAGUUACGACUGGAUUAAUGACAUUGCUCGCCCACGGAGUUAUUGGGAACAUUGCAGACAAGAACGGUAUGAGGAGGUGCUUAAUAACUCAGGCAAUGGGGAGAUAUGUCAACUCCUUGAAAGAAGAACAGUAUCAAGUUUUCUCACUAGUGAUUUCAGAGAGAGAAUUGACAGAUUGAUGGUAUCUCACUUAGAUAGACAGGUGCAUCUAGAAGAAAGAGAAGAUGAGAAUGGCAGCCAGGAGGGAAUGGACCAAUUCAUGUCUUUCUUACAUAGUUUUACAGAUCCAUCAGGCAGUCAAGAAGAAGAAGUAGUAGAAGAAGAGGAGGAGGAAGACAGAGAUGUGGCAGAGGAAGGAGAGGAGAGCCUAAUCAGUGGUCAGUGUCAUGAAGCUGGCGAUUACUUUGAUGAAUCCUCAUCAUCAACGCAAAUAGCUUCACCAUAUCCAUUAGGGUCAUGGAGUUAUCAGGAUAAUCAAGUUGGUGAUGAUUCUGAUCAAGUUACAUCCACAUCUCCACGCCAACAUUUACUGUCUCAACCUUACUAUCAGGAUAGUCAGCAAAACUCUUCCGCCACAAAUCCUAAUUCCAUUGAAAUGGAACUCAUAUAUGAUAUGAGAGGCCAAAUGGAGCAACUCUAUCAUGAGAUGUCUGAGCUAAGAAAAUCAAUCAAGAGCUGCAUGGACAUGCAGAUGAUGUUGCAACAAUCCUCUAAGCAGGAGUCUCAUUCAGCUCAGGGGGAGGGGAAGAAGUCCUAUGAUGGGGUACCAAAGAAAGGCAAUUGUUGUAUUUGCUAUGAAAAGCAAAUCGACUCACUUUUAUACAGAUGUGGACACAUGUGCACUUGUCUCAAAUGUGCUCAUGAAUUGCAAUGGGGUAGUGGAAAGUGUCCAAUAUGUCGAGCUCCAAUAGUGGAUGUCGUGCGAGCUUAUGUGGAUUCAUAGAUUAUUUGUGAAUGAAUUCAUGCUCCACAGGACCACCUUUAUUAAUAGAUCUUUACUUGAAGAAGCGAGUUGAAGUUGAAGCAUUUAAUUUAUUUGCCAUGUAAAUAUUGUACAAGAAACUCAUUCAACAUCACACAAAGUUUCUCUUUUUCAACAUAUACUCUGUAUAUGUGUUUUUUUUGAAGAGAAAUGACGACUAACAUGUUCUGAAAUUCCAUCUCUGUAUAUACAGUUCUAGUUUUUUUUUUUU